ACAUUGUUCACCGAUGUUUACCGCUUAGCAGUAGAUAAGCAAACGCGCACGUUACGAUAAUAGCCUUUAAACGGAAUUCGAAGCAGUUUAUCUGUAUAGUGCAUAAAUUCUUUUGCUGAAGUAAUUAAUACUUUGCUCCUUUCUUUUACGAAAAGUGAAAAUUGCAUGUAAAAUCGCAACUGAUCUAGUUAAUUAUAUUCGAGCUGCGGUGCAAGUAUUUCACGAACUUGCAUGACGUUCGUUUUGGUCGUCAUCAUCCAAAAAUACCAAAAGACUUUAUCGUAUAAAGAUCGAUUGAUGUGCAACCGUAAAAAUUAAGCUGUUUAGUUCAAUAUAAAAUUGUGUUUGACAUCGUUACGAUGGAUAAAACAGUAACAAUAGGUGACGGAUGGGAACUGCCACCUCUUCGUAGUUUAUAUGAUUUUCUUUUGGAAUCCUCACGUUUCCAACUGCCUAAUUUUAGAGAUUUCGAAAAAUGGGGCAACAGAGUAGCGAAUAAUCUUGUGUAUUAUCAAACCAAUUAUCUUUAUAUGUCCAUUGCCAUUUUAUUGGUUGUAGCAUUGGUACAUCCAAUGAAGAUGAUUGUUGGUAUAUCAACGCUCAUGGCAGUAUGGGCUGAAUGUACUUAUUUGUUUAGUGAAAAAGAAUCAUUGCUUAAAUUCAAAAGAACUUAUCCUCAAGUUGGAGUAAUUCUUACUAUUAUUUGUGCAGCUUAUGUUCUUUAUACUAUAAACUCAGUCCUUCUUGUAUUAUUUGAUAUUUUACUCUCAUUUUGUGUGACCUUUAUACAUGCAUCUUUGAGAUUAAGGAACGUGAAGAACAAAUUUGUUAACAAGAUUGAGGGUAUGGGACUCAAGCGUACGCCAAUGGGAAUUGUCUUAAAUUGUUUUGAACAUGAGACCGGUAUAACUUUACGUACACAAACAACGUAUACUCACUCGGUUCACUAGUGAUCUGAUUUAUACAACAAAUUGUAACAACGUUUGGCAGUGAAUAUGUGUCAAUAAUAUUUGGACGCUGCCUAGAGUCACAAAAAGAUGCUUUUGGACAAUUAGGUAAGAACUACAUGUCUAAAAUGUUUCGUAAAUUUGCAAAUAAAACUACAUUAUUAAUUUACUUAAAUAAGA